AUGUUGGCAGUGCCCGCCUUCCAGCCUGUUUCCUCUCUGCCCCCAGCCAUGCUAGCACUGCCCCAGGCUUCCCUGCGCCUGCUGUCCUGGAUGGAGUUCAAAGGCCACUGCUACCGAUUUUUCCCUCUCAAUAAGACCUGGGCCGAGGCUGGCUUGUACUGUUCUGAGUUCUCCGCCAGCAGGAAGUGCACCAAACUGGCCUCCACCCUCAGCUGGGAGAAUGUCUUCAUGAGUGACCUCAUGAACAGCUGUGUUCCUGAGAUCCCAGCUGACACCUGGACAGACCUUCACGACCACAGACGGGUGAGGAAGCGAUGGCCAAAAUCAUGGAAUGACAGCACCUGCAGCCGGAAGUCUUUUGUUUGCAAGAUUGCAUCUCUGACCAUUCAUUGA